AUGGAAGUCGCGCUAGGUCCCGGCGACCGAGCUCGAGCAGCCGGAGCGGAGGGGGCAGCCUCCGUCGCCUCACAAAGGGGGGGGCGGAGAUCCCCCCAACAACACACGAGAACACGACCAUUCGGGGGAACGGGCGGCGAUAGCGCCAUAAUAAUGCAGGAGCUACGCCACAGAGUCCAGAACCUAGAACGACAGCUAGCCGACCGGGAGCGGGAUGGACGGUCUACCGAUCCCAGUUAUACCCCAUCUCCCGGGAGCGAAGAGGAAGACUCUCACCGAAGCCGCCCGCGGCGUACAUCCGCAUCCCGGACGAAAGCGGAGAGCACGCGGGAGGAGUCACCCAUAAUGAGAAGACGAAAUGACACGAUCAUCUACUCCCGCGGCAGAUCAACCCGCCGAGCGGCAAGAGGUCACGGAGACGGGGAAGGAAGAUCCGAGAGAACACGACAACCCGUGAUAAUGGGCGUCACCCCGUUCCACCGAUCUAUCCUCGAGGUCCGGCUGCCGAAACACUUCGACAAACCAACGGACAUGAGGUACGACGGAACUCAAGACCCUCUAGAACACCUCACGGCCUUUGAGGCCAGGAUGAAUCUGGAGGGAGUGGGGGACGAAGUAAGAUGCCGCGCCUUCCCGGUAACCCUAGCAGGGCCAGCGAUCAGAUGGUUUAACGGCCUCCCACAAGGCUCCAUAUACAGCUUCUCAGAUAUCAGUCGUGCAUUCCUGGCCCAAUUUACAACACGGAUCGCGAAGGCCAAGCACCCUAUCAACCUUCUAGGGGUAACCCAGAGACAAGGAGAACCGACGAGGAGAUACUUAGAUCGGUUCAACGACGAAUGCUUGGAAAUCGACGGCUUAACCGACUCGGUGGCCAGUCUUUGCCUAACAAACGGCAUCCUCAACGAGAACUUUCGAAAACACCUUACCACGAAACCGGUUUGGACGAUGCAUGAGAUCCAGACGGUAGCCAAGGAGUAUAUAAACGACGAGGAAGUCAGCCGAGUCGUGGCUGCCAAUAAGCGGCAGUCCGGUUACAGCCAAGCCCGACAACCAGGCGACGGAGAGAGAGCAAAGGAAAAAGCCAGGGAGGAGGCAUCAAACAGGGCGCCUCGACCGUUCCCUCGGGUCGGGAAAUUCACUAACUACACUCCACUCACUCUCCCCAUCGUAGAGGUCUAUCAACAAAUAGCGGAGAAGGGAAUCCUACCGAAACCCCGACCACUUAAGGACCGUACGGGGGGAAAUAAGAACCUCUAUUGUGAUUAUCAUAAGGGUUAUGGCCAUCAAACACAGGACUGUUUUGACCUGAAGGAUGCACUAGAACAAGCGAUAAGGGAAGGAAAGCUAGCCGCGUUCUCCCACCUUAUCAGGGAGCCGAGAAGACGCUAUCGCGAUCAAGACGAAGAAGGCAAAACCCGUUCGGCCAAACGGCGACAAGAACCCGAAGACAGAGACCACGGCCUCACUGUGAUAAACGUGGUAACAUCCAAAAACGCCGCGCCAAGAUCCCGGUCGGCACAGAGGAAAGACGUUAAAGUUUUGACGGUCUCGUCCCCGCCGGUGCAAAGCUCUAAGAAGCCUCCCUCCAUCUCUUUCGGCCCGGAAGACCAAUGGUUCAACGACGCCCCAGAAAACCCCCCCAUGGUCAUUACGGCCAGAGUGGGAACCGGCCUCGUCAAACGGAUCCUCGUCGACACAGGAGCUGAUUCAAAUAUCAUGUUCCGCAAUGUGUUCGACGCACUAGGGCUAAAAGAUGCCGACCUGACGACGCACCAGCACGGGGUUAUCGAGUUGGGCGACCACUUCAUCAAACCGGACGGAGUAAUAUCCCUGCCAAUCUCGGUGGGGCAAGCCCAAGGCCGAAGAUCGGCGAUGGCCGAGUUCGUAAUCCUCCGAGACUCCACUGCCUACAACAUCAUCUUGGGAAGAAAAACAAUCAACGAUUUCGAAGCCAUAAUCAACACAAAGCUGCUAGUCAUGAAGUUCGUCACCGAUGACGGAUCCAUAGGGAUCAUAAGGGGAGACCUCGAGACGGCGGUCGCUUGUGACAACGCCAGCCUCUCCCUUAGAAAGAAGUCCAAGGAAGCAUCCGGUGUGUUCCUAGCCGACCUUGAUGCCAGAGCGGACGACAAGCCGAGGCCAGAACCAGAAGGGGAUCUGGAGAAGUUCAGAAUCGGUGACGAAGUGGAAAAGUUCACAUUCGUUAACAAGAACCUCCCACAUGAGUUGAAGGAGCCCUUGAUCGAAAUGAUAAGAGCCAACAGUGACUUGUUCGCCUGGACCCCAGCCGACAUGCCGGGCAUAGACCCAAAAAUCAUCUCACAUCAUCUAGCCGUCAAGACGGAAGCACGCCCGGUGGCCCAACGGAGGAGGAAGAUGUCGGCGGAGAGAGCAGAGGAGGUGGCCAGGCAGACAGCCAGCCUCCUAGAAGCAGGCUUCAUACGGGAAGUGGACUACUCGACAUGGCUCUCGAAUGUGGUAUUGGUGAGAAAACACAACGAUUGCUUCCCCCUCCCCAACAUAGAUGCACUCGUCGAUGCCGCGGCGGGAUAUCGGUAUCUUAGUUUCAUGGACGCCUACUCGGGUUACAAUCAGAUACCGAUGCACCGUCCUGACGAAGGCAAGACGGCGUUCAUAACGCCAGGAGGAACUUUCUGCUACAAGGUAAUGCCAUUCGGCCUGAAAAAUGCGGGAGCAACAUAUCAAAGACUGAUGAACAGGAUAUUCCACGACCUCAUAGGGAAAACAGUCGAAGUCUACGUGGACGACAUCCUGGCAAAAACAACACGACCUGACGACCUCUUGAACGACCUGGCAAGGGUAUUCGCGUCCCUCCGUCAACACGGUAUGCGGUUGAACCCUCUCAAGUGCGCCUUCGCCAUGGAAGCUGGCAAGUUCCUGGGAUUCAUGAUAACUCAGAGAGGGGUAGAAGCCAACCCGGAGAAAUGCCAGGCAAUACUCCAGAUGAAGAGCCCGGGUUGUAUCAAGGACGUCCAAAGGUUGGCAGGGCGGUUGACCUCAUUAUCCCGAUUCCUCGGAGCUUCGGCAACAAAGGCCCUGCCAUUCUUUAACCUCAUGAAGAAAGGGAUGGCGUUUGAAUGGACGCCCGCAUGCGAAGAGGCCUUUCGGCACUUCAAGGAAAUCCUGGCGGCGCCACCCGUCCUCGGGAAGCCAAAGGACGGGGAACCACUAUACCUAUACCUCGCCAUAACGGGUGAAGCCCUAGCCGCAGUUCUAGUACGGGAGGACGGAAAAGCUCAACAGCCAGUCUAUUUCAUAAGCAGGGCCUUACAAGGGGCAGAAUUAAGGUAUAGCAAGUUGGAAAAGCUAGCCCUAGCACUUCUAACCUCCUCACGAAGGUUAAAGCAGUACUUCCAGAGUCACCAAGUUGUCGUGAGAACGGACCAAGGGAUCCGACAAGUACUCCAAAAACCCGAUCUGGCAGGAAGAAUGAUGACUUGGUCUAUCGAACUCUCCCAGUAUGACAUACGAUACGAACCCCGGCAAGCCAUCAAGGCGCAGGCGAUGGCGGAUUUUCUAGUAGAAGUAACGGGGGAUCCAAGCGAAGAAGUGGGUACACGGUGGAAGCUCCACGUGGACGGAGCCUCCAACCAGACCUUCGGAGGUGCCGGGAUCAUCCUGGAAAGCCCGAUUGGGGUUGUAUACGAACAGUCAGUCAGGUUCGAGUUUCCCAUCUCGAACAACCAAGCAGAAUAUGAAGCCCUUAUAGGAGGCCUAACCCUAGCAGCAGAAGUCGGCGCAAGAAGACUAGAAAUAUGCAGCGAUUCCCAAGUCGUCACCUCCCAAGUAAACGGUAGCUACCAAGCCAAAGACCCUUUGCUACAGAAGUACUUGGAAAAGGUUAAAAGCUUGAGCCAAAAGUUCGAAGAGGUCACGGUCCACCACGUACCUAGAGAAAGGAACACACGGGCAGACCUCCUAUCAAAGUUAGCCAGCACAAAGCCGGGAGAGGGGAACCGGUCUCUCAUCCAAGGAAUGACGAGAGAACCAGCGAUCACACUGCACAUGACAAGCCUAGGUUCUUCAUGGCUAGACCCCGUCACCGACUUCUUAGAACACGGCAAACUCCCUAGUGAUGAAAAGGACGCGGCGAAAUUGAGGAGGGAAGCGGCCAAAUACGCCGUCAUCCAAGGACAGCUGUUCAGAAAAGGGCUCAACCAACCCCUACUGAAGUGCCUACACCCCGACCAGACGGACUACGUCCUCAGGGAAGUCCAUGGGGGCUGCUGUGGACACCACAUCGGAGGCAAGGCCCUAGCGAGGAAACUAAUCCGAGCCGGAUACUAUUGGCUGUCGAUGAUGGCGGACUCCAAAGAGUUUGUCAAAAAAUGCGUAAAGUGCCAACAAAACGCCAACUUUGCCAGGGCGCCGGCCUCCGAGUUAAGCUUGCUAACGACCUCCCGGCCAUUCUCUCAAUGGGGAGUCGACCUCUUAGGGCCCUUCCCAGUCGGCCCUGGGCAAGUCAAAUACCUCAUAGUCGCAAUUGAUUACUACACCAAAUGGAUAGAAGCCGAACCGCUAGCUAGCAUAUCCUCGUCCAAUUGCAGGAAAUUCAUGUGGAGGCAGGUGAUAACGCGAUUCGGGAUACCGGAAGUCAUCAUCUCGGACAACGGCACCCAAUUUACUGACAAAAAGUUCACGGAAUUCCUCAAUGGCCUGGGUAUAAGGCAAAGGUUCUCUUCGGUAGAACACCCUCAGACGAACGGACAAGUGGAGUCCGCCAACAAGGUUAUCCUUUCAGGGCUAAAAAAGAGGUUGGACAGUAAAAAGGGUGCUUGGGCCGAUGAACUAGCAGCGGUUCUCUGGUCCUACCGAACAACUGAACAAUCCUCCACUAGGGAAACCCCCUUCCGACUAACGUACGGGGUGGACGCAGUAAUACCCGUAGAGAUCGGUGAGCCGAGCCCGCGGUUACUUUUGAAAGGAGUGGAGGAAACCGUAGAAAAAGACCUGAUAGAUGAAGCCAGGGAAAUGGCCCAUUUGACAGAAACGGCGCUAAAACAAAGAAUGGCUCUGCGCUACAACACCAAAGUGCUCAAGAGAGAAUUCGAGCCAAACGACCUCGUCCUGAGGCGAAAUGAUAUCGGCCUGCCGACUCCUGGAGAAGGCAAGCUAGCGGCAAACUGGGAAGGCCCUUACAGGGUCAAAAAAGUGAUGGGAAAAGGAGCCUUCAAGUUAGAAAGGCUUGACGGCAAGGAAGUCCCGAGAACAUGGAACGCGAACAAUCUAAGAAGAUUCUACUCCUAG